UAUUUCAUAGCAUUGAUCAAUAGGAGGAAAAUUCCAUAAGUUGGCCAAUCUUGCCUUUGUUCAUUCUUAAAUCCUGACCUCCCCGUUGGUCAGUUUUUCAACUACUCAUUGCAAGUCUUCGAUAGUAUAUGUAAGCCAUGCAAGAGUCAUGCUGAGAGACGCUUCUUGGAAUUUUGAUGAAAUUGAACUUCAUCGAGAGAGAAUAGAAGAGAAGAGAGACAGAGAUGGCAAUUGGGACAAUGGAGGUGCUGCUGGUGAAUGCAAAAGGCUUUGGAGACUCUGAUCUCUUCGGUCGUAUGGAUCCUUAUGUUCUGAUUCAAUACAAAAGUCAAGAACGCAAGAGCAGCGUGGCCCGAGGUCAAGGUGCGUCUCCAGUGUGGAAUGAGAAAUUGACAUUCAGGGUAGAGUAUCCAGGGGUAGGGGACCAGUACAAACUCAUUCUCAAAAUCAUGGAUAAUGACACAUUCUCUACUGACGACUUCAUUGGGCAAGCCACCAUCUACGUGGAGGAUUUAUUAGCAGUAGGAGUGGAGAAUGGGACUGCUGAAUUACAUCCUCGCAAGUAUAGCGUGGUUCGAGUCGACCAAACUUAUUGUGGAGAGAUUGAAGUUGGCGUCACUUUCACCAAAAAGGUAGAAGAGAAAUAUAAUGAAGAGGAGUUUGGGGGAUGGAAGCAGAGCAACCACUACUAGUUCCCUUGCUGCCUUGGUCCACAUGGAAUUUUCAAGAUAUCAUACAACUGAAGUAGCAAUGAAAGUCUUUCUGAUCUAUUAAUAUGUAUUAACUUCAUGCCCCAUUCGAUCAGUGAGUGGAUUUUUUUUGUAAAAAAAUAAAAUAAAAAUGAGGGCUACACCUUCAUCUCGUUGUAUUGACAAGG